UCAUAAUUUUAGUAAUUUCAGUUCGUGGAAAGCUUUCCAAUCGUAAUUUAUUUUGAAAUGUUCAAAUUAUUGACAAUAAUUGUCCUUAUUCAAAUAUCGGCCUUAAAGUCCGAGCCGCAAGAUGCAAUGCCUUCAGUAACAAUGCAAACUAAAGAAUUUGUCUUAGGAAUUUUCUUUAAGGCGAAUUGGUACAGAGCGAUGCAGUUUUGUCGAUUUCAUGGAAUGCAUUUGGCAAGCAUUGAAUCACAGUUGGAGCAUGAGGCUAUAGUGGCUUUAAUCGUAGAUUACAAUAUGAAGACUGACGAAUUUUGGAUAUCAGGCAAUGACCUUGCGUUCGCCGGUAAUUUCUCUUGGAUGGGAAACGGACAACCCUUAACCUAUAUGAAUUGGUAUGCCAGUGAACCGAAUAACAUUGGAGCUGAACGUUGUGUUCUAUUGUGGAGUAGAAAUAUUGGAUCAGCAGAUCGACUUUGGUGGCACAAUUCAAAUUGCACAGAUGAACAUUAUUUCGUCUGUGAAGAAUGAAGCGAACUUUCAAUCAAUUUCACAAAUAUACGUUAACCGAACCCAA